AUGCCAGUCGUGAGGGCUAGGGGAAGACCAGGACCAUGGAGGACGGAAGGGAGUGUAGGUGUGUUCACUGUGUCUGUGGACAACCUACCAGCAUCAUUGAAUCCAAAAGGUCUGUUCAAUCUUUUUACAAAGUUUGAAGUGGUGAAGGAUGUUUUUAUACCGCAAAAGAGACGAAGGGUUACCAACAUAAUGUUUGGUUUUGUGAGGUUUUAUUGCUUUAUGGCAGCCAAAAUAGUUGUCCAGAAAGCCAAUGGUCUAUGGGUGGAUGAUGGACCAUUACAGGUAAAAUCUGCAGAGUUUGGGAAGGACAAGGUAGGUGGUGAAGCUACAAGAAUACCAUUAAGUACUCAAGUACGGAGACUAGUAGUUCAUGUCACUCAAGGUAGAGAUGGUAGAACUGGGCAAAUGGCCUUAGAGAUAAGAGAUCUUAUGUAG